CAUUUCCGGAUGGUAUGCAAUGCGACCCGGAGAGAAAGACUGGCUGGCGAGUGUUACAGUCUAGCGAGUGGUUUGGGAGUUUAAAGGUUCCUGUAUUUUGUCAGCUAAUAGCAACUCCCAUGGCGCUGGGAGAGGUCUGCAGCUUCAUAGUAUGUAAGGUUCAUGUACAUAGUGGGAUUAUCUUUUUGAACAAGGAGCUGAAGAACAGAUAACAAAAGCAUCAAAAGGUUUCCUGUUUUCCCAGGAGCAUGUCAAACAGUCUUCCUUUGUGGCAUCCGUUGCUUUAUCCCCGAAGAUCAAAAGUUGAAGAAAUUGUGAAUACACUGACUCUUUCUGAAACUGGUGAGGGCAAGGUCUGUGAAGUGGUGAACCAUGAUUCCUGUCACUGAGCUGCGUUAUUUUGCCGAUACACAACCAGCGUAUCGCAUCUUGAAGCCAUGGUGGGAUGUUUUUUUGGACUACCUCUCCAUUGUUAUGCUGAUGAUUGCUGUUUUUGGUGGGACUCUUCAAGUAACACAAGACAAAAUGAUCUGCUUGCCUUGUAAGUGGGUGACUAAAGAUUCUUGUGAUGAUGCCAUAAAAGUCUCUCCAACUGAGCAGGCAGAUUUUGCAUUCAACACCACUAUCCUUCCUUCAGUACCUAAGGGGCCUACAGGGAUCCAGUACAAUCUUGAUAGACACCAGUAUAGCUAUGUUGAUGCAGUUUGUUAUGAAAACAGAUUACACUGGUUUGCAAAGUAUUUUCCAUACUUGGUGCUACUGCAUACCCUGAUCUUUUUAGCUUGUAGCAAUUUCUGGUUUAAAUAUCCCCGUACUAGUUCUAAGCUAGAACACUUUGUAGCCAUCCUUCUGAAGUGCUUUGAUUCCCCAUGGACAACAAGGGCACUUUCUGAAGCUGUGGCAGGAGAGAAUGAACCAAAACCCCCUUUGGGACGAAUGAAUGGAUCUGUCGAUAAGAAGUCAUCAUCUGUCAGUGAGGAUGUUGAAGCCACAUCUCCUAUAUUGCAGAGGACAAAGUCUCGUAUUGAACAAGGAAUAGUAGAUCGUUCAGACAGUGGGGUCCUAGACAAAAAAGAAGGUGAGCAAGCAAAGGCUCUUUUUGAAAAAGUUAAAAAAUUCCGCUUGCAUGUUGAAGAAGGAGAUAUAGUUUACAGAAUCUACAUGCGGCAGACUAUCAUUAAAGUGAUUAAAUUUAUGUUGAUAAUUUGUUAUUCAGUGUAUUAUGUCAGCAAUAUUAAGUUUGACCUAGACUGUAGGGUGAACAUUGAGAAUCUUACAGGUUAUCGUAUGUACCGCUGUGCUCAUCCUUUAGCAACUCUCUUUAAAAUUCUGGCUUCUUUCUACAUUAGUUUAGUAAUUGUUUAUGGACUAAUCUGCCUGUACACUUUAGGAUGGAUGUUGAGACGCUCAUUAAAAAUGUACUCCUUUGAACUGAUUCGGGAGGAAAGCAGCUACAGUGACAUUCCAGAUGUCAAGAAUGACUUUGCAUUUAUGCUUCAUUUAAUUGACCAGUAUGAUCCCCUUUAUUCAAAGCGUUUUGCAGUGUUUCUUUCUGAAGUGAGUGAGAACAAGUUAAGGCAGCUCAAUCUCAACAAUGAAUGGACGCUGGAAAAGCUUAGGCAAAGACUAACCAAGAAUUCUCAGGACAAACUGGAGCUCCACCUGUUUAUGCUAAGUGGAAUUCCAGACACAAUUUUUGAACUGGUAGACCUGGAGGUUUUAAAACUGGAACUUAUUCCUGAUGUCACUAUCUCACCCAGCAUUGCACAGCUCAACUCUCUGAAGGAACUUUGGUUGUAUCAUACUCCAGCCAAAAUAGAAGCACCAGCUCUUGCCUUCUUACGUGAAAACCUUAAAUCACUACAUCUUAAGUUUACAGAUAUCAAGGAAAUUCCUUUAUGGAUUUAUAGUCUCAAGAACUUAGAGGAGCUCCAUAUGACAGGAAAUUUGUGUGCUGAUCACAACCGAUACAUUGUCAUUGAUGGAUUGCGUGAGCUGAGGCAACUCAAAGUGUUAAGGCUGAAAACCAAUCUCACUAAGCUGCCACAGGUUAUAACUGAUAUUGGCGUCCAUCUCCAGAAGUUUUCCAUCAGUAAUGAAGGUGUCAAGCUUAUUGUUCUCAACAGCCUGAAAAAAAUGGUCAAUUUGACUGAACUGGAACUUAUUCGCUGUGACUUGGAAAGAAUACCCCAUUCAAUCUUCUCUCUUCAUAAUUUGCAAGAAAUAAAUUUUAGAGACAACAACCUAAAAACUGUUGAGGAGAUUAUAAGCUUCCAGCAUCUGCAUCGUCUCACCUGCCUUAAACUGUGGUAUAAUCAGAUUGCUUACAUUCCCAUUCAGAUAGGCAAUUUGACUAGUCUGGAACGGCUGCAUUUGAACCGCAACCAAAUUGAAAAGAUUCCUGUUCAGCUUUUUUUUUGUCGUAAGCUGCGGUUCCUGGAUCUUAGCCACAAUAACUUAAGCUGCAUACCAGGGGACAUCAGUUUCCUACAGAACUUGCAGUACUUUGCUGUGACAGCAAACAAGAUUGAGAAUUUACCAGCACAGCUCUUCCAGUGUCGCAAACUCAGAACACUAAACUUGGGUAACAACUUACUGCAUUCACUGCCGUCAAGGAUUGGGGAGCUCACAAAUCUAAUUCAGUUGGAGUUGCGUGGAAACCGACUGGAUUGUCUGCCUGUGGAGCUUGGAGAAUGUCGACUUCUGAAACGUAGCGGACUUGUGGUUGAAGAUGAACUGUUCAACACCUUACCACCUGAGGUCAAGGAACAGAUUUGUAAAGCAGACAAGGAGAAGCCUGAGCUAUAAAAAGAAAAUGAGUGGAGAAAAGCAACUGACAACAGUGCACGACAAUGAGAACAAAAUAACCAAAUUUCACCAAAACUGGAGAAUGAUCAACUUUGCAGAAGAAGCGUUAGAAAUCAAAACAGGCAAUGAGAUCAAAGUCCCGUAGUCUACAAGACAAGAAACUGAGGGAACAAAUGGAGAAAGAAACACUGGCAUCUGUUUGAACGUAAAGUUCAAAAUAUUUGUGACAAAAAACACAAUCCUACACUUUUGCACAGCAGAUGGAAAACAUCUUUACAUAGUCAUUUUAAGGCAAGCAAUUCAUCUGUGACUUCCUAAAGAAAUAACAUCAGAAUGCACUGUGUUGUAUGGAGGUAGUAAAGUGAGGCAAUACUGAUCACUGCAUCUUAAGGGUACAGAGAUGAUGUCACAGUAUCAUAUACCUGAGGUGAUGCUGGGUGAAAAUAAAACUCAUUUUAUCGAGUACAGAGAGUAGAGUUGUCUCUUUAAGAAGGAAUGGUAAAUUCUGGUGGUCUGGAUUGUAAAUGAAAAUCGUUUUGCCAUUCUCAAGUAGUAGUUAAAUUGCUGAGGUUGAUGCUGACUACUUUGUUUGCCUUGUGAACAUCAAAAACCUAAAUAUUCUUUGAGGCGACUUGCUUGCAUUAUGUCCAUUUUCCAUGCAUCAGUCAACAAACAGUGCUAAACAUGUAUGACCACCAACAAUGGCCCAUCAUUAGCCCACUGUCUGAGGCACACACACCAGACACUUGAUUAUUGCAGUGUGCAUUACACACUGUGCUCCAGGUUACAGCAUUGCAUUUUAAGUCCACAGUACUGAAAAUGAAUUUUUUUUAGUCUAGAAAUGUUUUUUUUUUUUUACUAUUUUAUCUAAACGAAAUCUUUUCAGUCCUAUUUUAUUGAGAAGGAUGAUUUUUCCUGUGUAACAUUAUUGAAGUAACAGCCAUAAUAGCCAGAGAUGAUCAUCAGAAAGGUGAAUAAAAAGUAUACAAGAAUUUUCUUCUAGUCAUGGUUUGUAAUGGCAUCUAUUAAUGGCUUAUUGUUUCUACCCUAAACAGAGGUAGAAGACUACUACUACCUAAAACUGGGUCAUGCUGUAGAAUAUAGAAUAAACAUCUCCCAUGUGAUAUUAUUCACAUUGUCGUAGCAACAUUAGCUUGAAGUAGUCUGGGCCUAAUCUCAGUCCAUUCACUUCAGAGGUAAGGAUCAGAAGUUGGGCUGUGAAAAUUUGUAAAUUACAGAGGCGGUAUGUGUCACUCUGUUACCUAGGGUGCAAUAUGUUGUACUUUGUAAAUAAGAAUCUCUCAGUGCCUAAUCUUUUCUUGUACUCAUUGUCUUUGCAUGCCUCUUAUCAAAACCUGUAAAUCUACCUUUGUGGAUCAUCAGAGGCAGAUAAUUUUAGUUGUGGUGUCGCUUUGAACAUUCUUCUAUCUGUGGUCAUAUUACUCCAUUAUCUAAAAGACCAGCCCAAUAUACAUCUAAUUACUGGGACUGCCUCCUGUUUUUUUUUUUUUUUGGUUGUAUUGAAGCGCAACCACUUUUUUUAACUAUUUUGUUAGUUGACCUGCAGUAUUUUAGUUUUAUAUGGCUUACAUAAACAUUUUAUGACUGCUGCAAUUUGCUAGUUUUAUUUAUUUUGUCUUGUUUUUUUAAUGGCCAGUUAGUGAGUAGCUGAGAGUUAAGAUAUUAAACUUCACUUUUGUUGCAUUUUGUUACAGAUCCAAGUGGUGUUCCAUCUUGUGUUUAACUAUCUGCUGAUAACACUACAAGGCCUAAAACAUGGAAGAAAUGUUACUCUUAAGUAGCCGCCCUUUAUUUUGACGUUUUUACACAAACAGGACAUAAUAAUAUUAAAUUGUAUUUAUUCCUGAAAACAGU